CGGGGCUCGGGCUGGGCUGACAGCGGGGGCUCGGCGCCGUGGCGGGCAGGGACGGCGGCGCUGGCGGAGCCCGGCGCGGAAGAAAUACAUCUGAAAACUGGUUUCCUCUGAAAAGAUGGGGUAACUUCAACUACUUGCCUCUUGAGGAUUUCAUUUCUUUACUCAAAGCUUUAUGAACUUGAACACAAAGGCGCAAAAUCUUACUGGGACAGCAAAAGGUGAUACAGUGAAGAAAUAUAGAGAGAGAGACCAGUCUUUUUUGGGACCACAGUCAACCCAUGAAGAGUGAGUGCUCUCAGCCACCUGAAAGUAUUUACUGCAUUUGUUUCAGAAUACUGUGGAGAAAAUGUAUGCUAGUCGAGAGGAUAUUGGGUAUGAUUUUGGAGACAACUCAAAAGUUGGAAGUAAGCCAAUUAAGCCUAAUCCAAACAUCGAUGGAGGAUGGGCUUGGAUGAUUGUAUUUUCCUCUUUCCUUGUGCACAUACUUAUCAUGGGUUCCCAAAUGGCCCUUGGAGUACUCAACAUGGAAUGGCUUGAAGAGUUUAAUCAGAGCCGUGGCUUAACAGCGUGGGUCAGCUCCCUCAGCAUGGGCAUUACACUUAUUGUGGGUCCUUUUAUUGGUUUAUUCAUCAGCAUGUGUGGGUGCCGCCUGACAGCUAUAAUUGGAGGGAUAUUGAAUGCCCUGGGUUGGAUCCUGAGUGCCUAUGCCUCCAGUGUGCACUACCUCUUCCUUACGUUUGGAGUGACAGCCGGCAUUGGAAGUGGCAUGGUUUAUCUGCCUGCAGUGGUCAUGGUGGGGCAGUAUUUUCAGAAGAGAAGAGCGCUUGCACAAGGGCUCAGUACCACAGGAACAGGAUUUGGAGCUUUCUUAAUGACUGCCUUACUGAAGUACCUCUGCACUGAAUUUGGGUGGAGAAAUGCCAUGUUCAUCCAGGGUGCCAUCUCUCUGAACCUUUGUGUCUGUGGGGCACUUAUGAGACCUCUCUCCCCCAAAGACCUGAGUGAAAAAUCUGUUGUGAGAAGUAAUAGUGAAGAUAAUCAAGCAAAAGCUCUGUCCCAUUCUACAGAGACUAUAAAAUCUAAUGGAGUCCUCGGUGAAGAACCAGAGAAAAAAGAAGAGGCAACAAAUGAAGGAGUGCUUGAGAGUGCUCAGCACAUAGAAAUCGGAGGUAGCUCUGGGAGCGGAAGGAAUAUGUAUGGACUGCGCUUGCUUAAGACAGUGAGCCAGCUGACACUUACAGUCAGGAAGGGCUUUGCACUAUGGUACUCCAGCUACUUUGGAGCUGCAUCACUGUUUACCAAUAGAGUAUUUGUGGCCUUUAUAAUUUGGGCUUUGUUUGCCUAUAGCAGCUUUGUCAUUCCCUUUAUUCAUCUUCCAGAAAUAGUCAAGCAGUACAACUUAUCUAGGCAGGACAAUGUAUUUCCUUUGACAUCCAUUAUAGCAAUUGUUCAUAUUUUUGGUAAAGUGAUCCUUGGAAUCAUCUCUGAUCUCCCGUGCAUCAGCACAUGGAAUGUCUUCCUUAUGGCUAACUUUACCCUGGUCACCUGCAUUCUUACUUUGCCACUAAUACAAACAUAUGUCGGCCUGGCUGUGGUUUGUGCUCUAAUAGGAUUUUCCAGUGGCUAUUUUUCUCUAAUGCCUGUUGUGACUGAAGAUUUAGUUGGAACUAAACACCUUGCAAAUGCCUAUGGCAUCAUCAUUUGUGCCAAUGGAAUAUCUGCAUUGUUUGGACCACCCUUUGCAGGUUGGAUCUAUGACAUCACACAAAAAUACGAUUUUUCUUUUUACAUAGCUGGCUUGCUAUACAUGGUGGGAAUAAUAUUUUUACUUAUACAACCUUGUAUUCAAAAGAAACAGCCAAGACAAAAAUCUACAGAAGAAGCACAAGUAUAGAACAAAUUCCAGAAGUUUUUUUACAGAACUUUUUUGAUUUCAUGUUUCUAUUGUGUGACAGUAUGAAGACGUUUUUCUUAUGAAACCAACCACAUUAAGCUGUACUUAAGUGAAAAGCAAAUGUGCUCCAUAAUGCUAAUAAAUUAUGAGAAACAUGCUUUUUAAAAUAGUUAAGAUCUCUUACUUUAGAAGUACCAAAUACAGUGAUUAAAAGCACGCUGCUAGUCUUUUAAUAUCAGCACAAUGCUAGUAGCCUUUAUCCUUGCUUCUCUUUCAACUUUUCACCACUAACCACUGGUGAGAAUCCACUGACUGCAGUGCAGUUACUCCUGAUUUACACGAGUCCUAGAGAGAAUUUGGUCAGGACAUGAAUGAUUUAUAAAGGUCCCUCCUACUAUGUGUUCAGUCUGAUAGUUACAGAGUAUAAGAAAAUGAUUGUAUUUCUUGCCUGGCUAGUCAAGUACUGUUGAAAUGCUAGCAUAAGAACUCCAUUAAUUGAAUGUUUUAAAAUGACUAUUUCUGUGAUACAAAACUGAAGAAAAGUUCUUAUAUUUUUCUGAAGUGACUCAU